CUCUCCCUCUUCCCUUUCCAAAAUGAAUUAACAAAUAAAACGACCAGAUACGAAAUUAUUGACGAGGAGCUCCCCUCGAUAAGCCCCUUUCUCUCCCGGCGCCGGCCACCUCGAUCCGACCGGGGAUCCGCCUCCGAUCGUCGUUGAAUUGAGAUUGAUUCAUCGGAAACAGCCAAUUUGUUUCCGCAAUCCUAUUUGGGUCCGGAAACAGGAAUCGCCAGGGGAUAUCUAUUUUGUUGCGUUAUAGCUUUUUAAUCAAUCACUGUUUCCACGAUGGAGGAUUACGGCGGGAGCGACGAUGAGUACUGCUACUAUGAUGACGAUCAGGAGGAGCCAAUGGAUGGCAUCGAGAAUGAGGAUUCCGAUGUCCUAGGGUCAGCGCGCAAGGAUUCCACGACGAAGGUAGCUUCUUUUUGAGUUUUUUGGUUUUGUGUCGUUAGGGUUUGUUUUAUUUCCAAUUGGGGGUUACUUCGAUUGUGACGAAAUUCCGCGGGUUGGGUUUAGUUGAAAGCUUUGUUCUUUUUCCUGGGUUUCGCAAUUCUGGUCUGUAACUGUACUUUUCCAGUCAGCUCUAUGUUUGAUUGCUACUGUUGAAUAGAACUGCUAUAUGAGUAUGACUCUGUUCUGGGUUUAUGCAGGUGAUUACAAAAGAGUCACUUUUCGAUGCUCAGAGGGAGGAUCUGCGGAGAGUAAUGGAGUUGCUAUCACUUAGAGAACACCAUGCCCGGACUCUAUUGAUCUACUACCGUUGGGAUGUGGAAAAGUUGCUUUCUGUGCUGGUGGAAAAGGGGAAAGCGUACUUGUACUCGAAUGCAGGUGUUAUGGUGGAUGACAAUUUAAGUAGCAACAUCCGUCGGUGUUCAUCUUCUUCAGUGAGUUGUGAAAUAUGUAUGGAGGAUGUGCCUGCUGAUAACGCCACAAGAAUGGACUGCGGUCAUUGCUUUUGUAACGAUUGUUGGACCGGACAUUUUAUUGUAAAAAUAAACGAAGGUCAGAGCAGGCGUAUCCGGUGCAUGGCACACAAAUGCCACGCUAUAUGUGAUGAAGCUGUUGUUAGAAAUCUGGUCAGCAAAAGGCAUCCUGACUUGGCAGAGAAAUUUGAGCGUUUUCUUUUAGAGUCAUAUAUCGAGGAUAAUAAAAUGGUGAAAUGGUGCCCUAGUGCUCCCCAUUGCGGGAAUGCUAUUAGAGUCGAGGAAGAUGAGGUUUGUGAGGUACAAUGCUCCUGCGGGUUACAGUUUUGUUUCAGCUGCUUGUCAUCAACACACUCGCCUUGUUCGUGUCUGAUGUGGGAGCUUUGGAUUAAGAAGUGCCGGGAUGAAUCUGAAACGGUUAAUUGGAUCACAGUUCAUACCAAGCCUUGUCCAAAGUGUCACAAACCAGUUGAGAAAAAUGGUGGUUGCAAUCUUGUAGCCUGUGUCUGUGGCCAAGCGUUUUGCUGGCUCUGUGGUGGAGCUACUGGGAGAGACCAUACAUGGUCUAGUAUAGCUGGUCACAGUUGUGGUCGUUAUAAAGAGGAUGCGGAGAAAAAGACUGAACGUGCUAAACGGGAUCUCUAUCGCUAUAUGCACUAUCACAAUCGAUACAAAGCUCAUACUGACUCAUUUAAACUUGAAAAUAAUCUUGAGGAGACCAUCAAAGGGAGGGUGACGAUAUCCGAGCAGAGAGAAUCAGCAUUACGAGACUUCAGCUGGGUUAUAAACGGUCUAAACAGACUUUUCAGAUCAAGGCGGGUCCUUUCUUACUCAUACCCUUUUGCGUUUUAUAUGUUUGGGGAUGAAUUGUUUGAUGAAGAGAUGACAAAGGAGGAAAGGGAGAUAAAACAGAAUCUAUUUGAAGAUCAGCAGCAACAGCUUGAAGCAAAUGUUGAGAAACUCUCUAAGGUCCUUGAGGAGCCCUUUGACCAGUACAGUGAUGAUAAAAUAAUGGAGAUGAGGAUGCAGGUCAUCAAUCUAUCUGUUGUAACAGAUAACCUCUGCAACAAAAUGUAUGAGUGCAUUGAGAAUGAUUUGUUGGGUUCUCUUCAGCGGGGUACUCAUAACAUAGCCCCAUACAAGUCAAAGGGCAUUGAGAAAGCGUCAGAACUUUCCACGUGUUGGAGCAAUAAAGCCAGUGAUGCUAGCAAUUACUUACCAUCCGAUGACAUAUCAAGUGGUGGGACGACAAUUUUAAAACGGGACCGACCAUCAGGGUCUGGGAGUUCGUCGAAUGACAACAUCAACGAGUGCUCUUUGAGCAAGCGGACGAGGAAGGAGGUCAGUGGGUUCUUUGAUCUAAAUAUGCCAGCAGAGGUGAUAGACAGGAACUGAGAUUCAGCUAGCUUUUUCUUGAAAGAAAGAUGUCUCUUAUAGAAAAUGCAGGUUGUACAGUAUUAACUGAAACGCCCAUAUUUUUUUGACCAUGAAUGGAUCUAGUAGUCAUAUGUUAAUGGGGAUAUAAGUGAAAAAAGCAGGCAUUGAAGGUGCCUGUGUUAGACUACUCAGUUACAAUCUUUUUUCUCGUCAUUUUGGGGGAGGGGGCUGGCGUUUUGCUGUUAGUCUGGGUAUGCUGGCCUGUCAGAAACAUCUUGGAUGCUGGUGUUCUUAUUUUAUUUAUUUAUGACGGUGAAAAAAUAUUUGUAUAUAGCCGUUUGAAUCGGGCCCUGUUUGGUAGUUGUAGUAAAUGUGUAAAUUCUCAACUUGAGAGGCUGUUUCCUCGAGGGUUUGUUUCAAUCAAGCAUAAGAUAACUUCAUUUGUUGGUUAAGUGUGGCAGUAAUCUAUAUUUAUACGAAGAAGUGAAUUUCAGUUUGUUCCCAUUAAUGACAGUGGGAGUUGCGAUAACGAAACUGGUAUGUAUGUUGUAUCUGCUCUGUUGAGAUUUGAGUUCGCAUUUUCCCAGUCUUCUACUGAAGGA